AUGACUGAAACCCAUGGAUUUCCAAACACACAUCGUGUGGCGAAGAGAAAGAGACUAUCGAACGUCAGUCGAGGACCCCUGAUAAAGUCAGAGGACAGUGAUGAUGACGAUGUCCCUUUGUCGAAGCGAAUUGGCCUAUGUCGAGCGAGUGAUUCUAUGAUCGGCCCCAGAAGAUCAGAAUCAGUCAGAAGGAGCAACACGACUGCUACAAGUCACCAAGAAUCCGAUUCCGAUAUCCCGCUUGCAAAGAUAUCUACGAAACGAUCGAAACAGAUACAAGAAACUCCAUCGCGUAGCUCAGGCCAACGGUACUCUCACAUAAAGAAAGAAAACGGUAUGGAGGAUAAGAAGUUAGCCACAAAGAUUCAGUCUACGAAAAUACCGGAGCAGGCAGCGCAACUUGGGAUGUCACGACCAGCACCUCAUAAGCAAGCAAAUAGGGGCAUGGAAGCCGCGCUGGAAAAGUUGAAAGGCUCGAACCAAGAUAAGAAUGAAGAUGAAGAUGGAUCUCCGGGUGAAAUGUGGUGGGAAUAUUCUAACGGCGAUGACCGCACAAGAAAAUGGACCACCCUGGAGCAUAAUGGUGUCCUCUUUCCACCCCCUUAUACACCACUUCCACUCGACGUCAAGAUGAAAUACGACGGUGUUCCAAUCACACUGGAGCCAGAAGCAGAAGAGGUGGCCUGCUUCUUUGGGGAGAUGUUAAAUGCUACCCACUAUACUGAGAAUGCGACAUUCCAGAAGAACUUCUUUCAGGACUUCCAAAUGACCAUAAAGAGAACGUCCGGAGGUAGGAACAGCCAGGGCCAAAAAGCCGAGAUCAGAGAAUUCGACAAGUGUGACUUUUCUCCGAUAUUCGAAUACUUCCAGAGCAGAAAAUCUGAAAGAAAAGAACUGCCGCUGGCUGAACGAAAAGCACAAAAGGCAGGUAAAGAUUCAAUGGAGGGGGCUUAUAAGUACUGUGUUUGGGAUGGCAAAAAGCAGAAAGUUGGGAAUUUUCGGAUCGAGCCCCCAGGGCUCUUUCGGGGUCGUGGAGAUCAUCCAAAGAACGGAAGAGUCAAAACUAGAGUCCAUCCUGAACAGGUCACCCUGAAUCUCAGCAGAGACGCCAAAGUCCCUGCAGCCCCCGCAGGUCAUCAAUGGAAGGAGGUCAAGCAUGACCAGGAGGCUACAUGGUUGGCCAUGUGGAACGAAAAUGUGAAUGGGAGGUUCAAGUAUGUGAUGUUGGCUGCUAGUUCAGACGUCAAAGGCCAGAGUGACUUUCAUAAGUUUGAAACAGCUCGCAGGUUGAAAAUUCACAUCGAUCGUAUACGGAAUGACUACCAGCAAGAUCUUCAACACAGGUUUAUGGCUACUCGUCAAUUAGCGACGGCCGUUUAUCUGGUCGACAAGUUAGCACUUCGUGCUGGCAAUGAGAAAGGUGAAGGUGAGGCAGAUACGGUGGGAUGCUGCUCGCUCAAGUACGAAAAUAUCACAUUAAGACCACCUAACACGGUAAUAUUCGACUUCCUGGGCAAGGAUAGUAUUCGAUUUUAUGACAAGGCCGAGGUGGACGCCCAGGUCUUCAAGAACUUGAAAAUCUUCAAGAAGCAUCCAAAAAAAGAAGGCGAUAGUAUCUUUGAUCGUCUAACCACCGCGGGACUCAACAGACACCUCUCAACCUACAUGCCUGGGUUAAGCGCAAAAGUGUUUCGGACUUUCAACGCCUCCCACACCUUUUCUGAGCUAUUGAAAUCGAUACAACCAGGAGGCUCGAUCGACGAGAAGGUCAAGGCCUAUAACGAUGCCAAUAGAACGGUAGCUAUUUUAUGUAACCAUAAGCGAACAAUAUCUUCCAAUCACCUGGCACAGAUGGAAAAGCUUCAGGAUCGUGCAAAAGUGAUACGGUACCAACAAUGGCGCUUAAAACAGCAAAUGCUGAGCUUAGAUCCCACAAUUCGAAACGAAAUGGAGGGUGAGUUCUUUGAGCUCGACAGGUGCUUGGAUCUUGGAUGGAUUGCCGCAUAUCAGCUAUCCUUGCUGGAAGAUAAACGCCAGAGAGCGAAGAAGAAGUUCGAAGCCGACAAGCCAAGCUUAGACAAAGAAUUGGAGUUAAUCGCUCAAACGGAAAGGGAAUUCCAACAGGAAAAUACAACUGGGAAAGUGAAAUGCAGCAGCAAAAGUACAUCCAUUGAAAAAUUGCAGAAGGACAUCAUCAAAGCCCAACAACGUCUAGAAGCAGCAACGCUUCAAAUCCAAGACAAAGAGAGCAAUAAAGAAAUUGCUCUUGGUACCUCAAAGACGAAUUAUAUCGACCCUCGCCUGACAGUGGUAUUCUCGAAAAGGUUUGGUGUACCGAUCAACAAGCUCUUUUCCAAAAGCUUGCAGGAAAAGUUCGAUUGGGCCUUGAAAUCUGCUGAUGAGACAUGGGAGUUUUAA